AUGUUUUCGAUAUUUAUUUUAGUGUUAAUUAUAUUUAGAAAUGGAGUUAUUGCAAUUCAUUGUGAUUUCAGAUAUGAUGAUAGCGGGAACAAUUACCCAGAAAGCAUAAUAGAUUUCCUUUUGAAUGAAAUUAAAUAUAAUGAAACAGAUCACAACCAAUUGUUUCCCAAAAAUAAACGCAAUGACACUCCUAAACAAUUUCUUUGUGAUGAAGAAUUAUUUGAGUUUGAAGAAGAAAUUCUCAUGAGAAGUACGACAACAGCAAUUCCAAGUACAAGUCUGCGACCAACUUAUUUACCGACACAUUUCACAACAACCGAAGAAAGCAUUGAAACUGAUUCAACAUCAGAAGAUACAAAUUUAGAUAUGGACGAGAAUACAAUUUUAAGAAAGGGAUCAACACGGUUUGGCAACAGAUUUGGCCACAGAAUGCAAAGACCAAUUAUUAAUUCAUAUUACAGACCACCAAGUAGAGGUCAGAGUUUCUUUGAUGCAGGUAUUAGAACAGGAUUUCGAGGAACAACUGAAGCAAGUCGAGAAGUGACUUUUGAUUUUGAUGAUGAUGAAGAAGAAGAUUCAAUGUGCUUAACACGAGAAAGAAGAAUUCGCCCAAAAGCACUUCCAAACCCGACGAACAAUGAUCUUGUAACCAUUAUCAACCAUGGUGAAAUCCUCCAAACUGUCAAAAUUGAAGAGUGCUUACAACCAAAACAAUCGUGUCAGUAUGAAUUAAGCUUCCCAUUAGGCUACACUUCAGUUUGUAAGCAGAAAUUUUUCAUUCAAACGUUCAAAGCUCUAAACGAUGCAAAGACUGAAAUCAUUGACAGAGAAGUUUAUUAUCCUUCUGGGUGCGAAUGUAAAAUCUACAAUAAAAAAUCGAAAAACAAGAAUCAAGGGAAUAACGAAAUUUAA